AUGUCUUCAGCAAUUAUCACAGAUAACGUUCGUCCUGAACCUGACAAGGUUUUGAGAGAUAUUGCCGACUAUGUUCACAAUUACAAGAUUGACAGCUCUGUUGCUGUUGAGACGGCAAGAUUGUGUUUACUAGAUACCUUAGGAUGUGGUUUAGAGGGUCUCAAGUAUGAACAAUGUUCCAGAUUAGUUGGCCCUGUUGUUCCAGGGACUGUCGUUCCUAAUGGUACCAAGGUCCCUGGUACCAGUCAUCAAUUGGAUCCCAUUCGUGGUGCUUUUUCGAUUGGAACUAUUAUCCGUUGGUUGGAUUAUAAUGAUUGUUGGUUGGCUGCAGAGUGGGGACACCCAUCCGACAAUUUGGGUGGUAUUUUGGCAGUUGCUGAUUGGCAAACACGUACUGCUAAGGCUACGGGUGGAAAGGAAGGAAAAGUCUUCAAGAUUUCCGAUGUUUUGGAAGCUAUGAUCAAGGCUCAUGAGAUCCAAGGUGUUUUGGCCCUCGAAAAUUCCUUUAACAGAGUUGGUUUGGACCACGUUGUUCUUGUCAAGGUUGCAACCACCGCUGUUGUUUCAAAGUUGCUUGGGUUGAAUCGUGAUCAGACCAUUGACGCUGUGUCCCAAGCUUUUGUCGAUGGACAAUCGCUGAGAACUUAUAGACAUGCUCCCAACACCAUGUCCCGUAAAUCUUGGGCUGCCGGUGAUGCCGUUUCGAGAGCUGUUAACCUUGCUCUUCAUGUCAAGAAUGGUGAAGGUGGUAUGCCCUCUGUUCUGACCGCCAAGACCUGGGGUUUCUAUGAUGUUCUUUUCAAGGGCCAACCAUUUAAAUUCCAACGUGACUAUGGCUCUUAUGUCAUGGAGAACGUUUUGUUCAAGAUUUCUUUCCCUGCUGAGUUCCAUGCCCAAACUGCUGUCGAAGCUUCAAUGACUCUUCACCAAAAGCUCAAGGACCUUGGAAAGACCAGUGAUGACAUUAAGCAUGUCCGCAUUAGAACUCAAGAAGCUGCUAUGCGUAUUAUUGACAAGAAGGGUCCCUUGUAUAACUAUGCUGAUCGUGACCACUGUAUUCAGUACAUGGUUGCCAUUCCCUUGAUCCACGGUAGACUAACCGCCGAUGAUUACACUGACGCAGUUGCUGCCGACCCUCGUGUUGAUGCCUUACGUGAGAAGAUGGAGUGUGUUGAGGAAGAAAGAUUCACCACCGAGUAUCAUGCUCCUGAUAAGAGAUACAUUGGCAAUGCCAUCCAAAUCACUCUCAAGGACGGUACCGUUCUUGACGAUGUUGAGGUUGACUACCCAAUUGGUCACCGCAAGAGACGUGAAGAGGGCACUCCUGUUCUUCUCGCCAAGUUCAAGCGUCAUCUUCACGGCCGUUUCCCCCAACAACAGGCCGAAGAAAUUAUUAAGGUCUCAGACGAGAAGGUUGGAGACUUUGACGUUGAUACAUAUGUCGACCUUUACGAAAAGAAAUGA